AUGGAUUAUUACCACCUUCUGCUGCUGUGGACCUGCAGCCUCCUGCCAGAUCCUCAGCUCUGUUUCAACUUCGACACAAAGAACUUCAAGAUCUUCUCUGGUUCUAAAGAAACCCAGUUUGGAUACACAGUCCAGCAACACGAGGCAGGAGGACGCCAGUGGUUGCUGGUUGGAGCUCCCUUUGAAUCCACAGGGAAGCAGCAGACUGGUGAUGUGUACAGAUGUCCGCUGGAUACCAGAAACUCUGCAAACUGCAGCCGACUCAACCUGGGGAAACUUUCUCUGGACUACAUGUCUGAGAGGAAAGACAAGAUGAGGCUGGGAAUGACGCUGACCUCCAACCCUAAGGACAACAGCUUUGUGACCUGUGGACCACUCUGGUCUCAUGAAUGUGGAAGCUCCCUGUACAGCACAGGAAUCUGCUCCAGAGUGGGACGAAACUUCAGACUGUCCCACACCAUCGCACCUGCCCUGCAGAGGUGUGAGACAUUCAUAGACAUUGUGAUUGUUCUGGAUGGUUCUAACUCCAUCUACCCCUGGUAUGAGGUCCAGGACUUCCUCAUCACCAUCCUGCAAAAGUUCUACAUUGGCCCAGGUCAGACGCAGGUCGGUGUGGUUCAGUACGGCUCCACGGUGGUCCAUGAGUUCAGUCUGGGUGAGUACGAGACGGUGGAGGAGGUGGUGGAAGCUGCCCGGAGCAUCAACCAGCGGGGCGGAGAGGAGACGAGGACGGCGCUGGGCAUCAACGUGGCACGGUCGGAGGCGUUCCUGCGCGGUGGCCGGCCCGGCGCUCAAAAGGUGAUGAUCGUGAUCACAGACGGUGAAUCUCAUGACAGUCCUCAGCUGGUGCAGGCCGUCGGCGACAGCGAGAGAGACAACAUCACCAUGUACGCCAUCGCUGUUCUGGGUUAUUACAACCGUCGGGGAAUCAACCCUGAAGCGUUUCUGAAAGAAAUCAAGUUCAUUGCCAGUGACCCGGAUGAGAAACACUUCUUCAAUGUGACGGACGAGGCGGCGCUGAAGGACAUCGUGGAUGCUCUCGGAGAGAGGAUUUUCACUCUGGAAGGAACCAGCAGUCAGGGUCGGGGGUUCGGUCUGCAGAUGGCUCAGGCUGGUUUCUCCUCGCAUUUAGUCAAAGAUGGUGUUCUGCUCGGCGCGGUGGGCGCCUACGACUGGAAUGGCGCCGUGCUGAAAGAAACUAAACAUGGAAAAGUUGUGCCUCCAAAAUCCUCCUAUAAGAAUGAGUUUCCAGAGGAGCUGAAGAACCACGGAGCCUAUCUGGGUUACUCGGUGGGUUCGCUCGUUUCGUCUCGCGGCUCUCAGCUCUAUGUCGCUGGGGCUCCGAGGUUCAACCACACCGGCAAGGUCAUCAUCUUCACCCUGAAGAACACCGGAAACCUGACCAUCCUGCGGGCACUGCUGGGAGAGCAGAUCGGGUCGUAUUUUGGCAGUGAGUUGUUAUCGAUGGACGUAGAUGAAGACGGACAGACUGACGUUCUCCUGGUGGCAGCACCCAUGUACUACAGUCAGGGCUGGGAGAGAGGGAGAGUUUACAUCUACUCUGUCACACCGCAGACAUCAUUUGUCCUGCAGGGGGUGCUGGAGAUGUCUGACUGCUCUCAGAACUCCCGUCUGGGUUCAGCAUUGGCCCAGAUACCGGACAUGAAUGGAGACGGAUUCAGGGAGCUUGUGGUCGGAGCCCCGCUUGAGGACGACCACCAGGGGGCGGUCUACAUCUUUUACGGUCAGGACAAAACCAUCCAACACCAGUACAGACAGCGUCUCUCCGCAGCUGGUUUUUCUGCGGGUCUGCAGUAUUUCGGACAAAGUCUCCACGGUGUUCUGGACGUCAACGCAGAUGGGCUAGUCGACCUCGCAGUGGGAGCGCUGGGAGCUGCCGUCAUCAUCUGGUCUCGUAGUGUGGUGCGGAUUCAAGCCAAACUGACCUUUGAACCCGAGAAGGUCAACAUCUUUAACAAGGACUGUCGGCGAGGAGGGAAGGAGGUCACCUGCAUGUUCGUGACAGUCUGUCUGAGUCUGGACUCCAGGACAAACACCAGGACGAAGACCAGGACAGAUGUUGCCGUUUGGUACAGCCUGGUGUUGGAUGAGAGACGUUUUCCCCCACGAGCCGUUCUGGAUGAACCAGACCGACAGCAGCCGCGGAGUCUGCUUCUGCGGAGCGGAGGUCAGAGCUGCCAACGCCUCGGCUUCUCUGUCCAGGAGACAACAGAUUACGGACGUCCCAUUGCGGUUUUCUUGGAAAUGGGGACACAGAACCCAGACGAGGGGCCGGUGUUGGACCCCGACUGGCCGAACAUCCUGAGGGCAGAGCUUCCCUUCUGGAACGGCUGUGAGCAGGAGGACACCUGCGUUCCCGACCUCAUCCUCCACAGUCAAACUGACCUCAUGGAUGUUCAGCACUUCUGCAGCUCGAGGGACCGAGCGGCCUGGUCAAUCUGCAGCCACCAGGGGGUGUCGGUGGGGUCCGCGUUCGUAGUGGAGACUGGGUGCAGGAGGAUGGUGGUGUACGCUCGACUGGAGAACCAGGGAGAGAACGCGUACGGAGCCGCCAUCCACAUCUCUACCUCCUCCAACUUGCUCUUCUCCAGCCUCAUAGUCAAGGACCAAUCAGAUAUUCAGAUUGAGUGCUACUCUGAGGACAGCCUGGCCAGUCAGAGGUUCUGUAACAUCAGCGCUCCAUUCAUGAAGUCCUUGUCCCAGGUAUCCUUCCGUCUGGAGUUUGAGUUCAGCCGCUCCGUCUUCCUGGAUCACCUGCGGGUCGUCAUGGCAGCCACCAGCGAGGGCGAAGAGGGAUAUCCGGACGACAACGUCGACGACAUCGUCCUCCCUCUGAGAUACCAAACCGACCUCCUCUUCACCAGAGACCCCAACCCUCCUCGCUUUGAAAUCAAAGCGGACUCCUCCUCUUCCUCCCCUUCAGCCCGGGACCAGCCAGACGGCAGCUCGCCCACCUUCAACCUCACUUAUUACAUCCAGAACCUGGGCAUCUUCUCGGUGCAUGAUGUCCUGUUCCGAGCCGACGUCUGGGCUGUGACCAGCCGGGGCAACCAGCUGGUGGACAUCACGGACUACAGCAUCGAACAGGUAGCGGGGUCCCACUGCAGGCUGCCCCAACCCAGAUCAACCAAUCAGGUUACAGCGGAGGACCUGUCUCGACUGCCACAGCUGAACCACAGUAACAGUGUGAGCAUUGCGGUCCAGUGCAGACUGAACCUGCCGGCCUCCAGAGAGGUGAAGCUGACGCUCAGAGGAAGACUCCGGCUCCCCGCUCUGCUCGCUGUGAGCUUCAGGUCCCUGGAGUUGCUGACUGCCGCCUCCAUCCAGCUGGACGCAUCCAGUCCCAUGUUCCUCCAGGAGGACAGACCUGUCAGACGGAUAAUCCUGGAGCUGAGGAAGGAGGAGGAGUACACCAUCCCCGUCUGGAUUAUACUGGGAAGCUCACUGGGAGGCCUGCUGCUACUGGCCCUACUGGUCCUGGCCCUGUGGAAGCUCGGCUUCUUCAACCGACGGCGGAGACAGGGAGAGGAGGAGCAGCCCGUGGCCAACGGGAAGGCAGCAGAGGAGCUAUAAAGUGUGGGCGACGCUGACGCCGCGUUCGGUCGAUCCUCGCCAACUCGUCAAGUCACAAAAUCCUGUUGUUCGUGAGCCGGUUGAACCUGUUAAAGGCAUCUACACGGAGAAAAUGGGAGUCACAUCACACCGUUAACCCGGCACUUGGAUGAUAAAAUCAGAAACUGAGUUGACGAGGAUCACCUGAAUGCAUCACGAGCCUCCACCUGUCACUCAGGGACCCUGAUGCCCCCCCCCCCAGCUAAUCGCUCAACCAGUUAAAGCCAUCGAUAAGUAAUCAGCAAAUCAGCCGCGCCCCUAAACACAUGACCCACGUCAGCCGAACAAAACACGCCCUCGGCCCGUGUUUACUGUAAAACCUGUUCAGGAACCAGCUUCGGCUCCGGUCGGUGAGUCGGCUAAACAAGCCAACUGCUCACCGGCCACGGCCUCCAGAGUUACUGAAUGAUCCGGAAGUUUCAUCACCCCAGCGUGUCUCUGCUCUCUCUGUCAUACUGCGGCACUUGGGUUUUCCCGCGUAACAUCUGUAAAUCCCUUUAACAUGAAGUACGGUGGCCCUGAAGCACGAAACACAAAAGCAGAAACACUGAGGAAAAUUAGCCCCAAUUCCACAAAAUCCCUCAAAUCCUACAACAACGCACAAGUUAAAACACAAACAUCCAGAGAAAUAAUGUUCCUGAAUGUUUGUGCUUCGACAGCGCAACACCCCAUCGGGGAGUGUCUUUAGGAAGGAAGGGGUCAGUGCCGAGGAGCACUGAAGCCGUUCUGGAUCCUCGUGGUGGCCAAACACCUCAUUGAACACACACCUUUACAGUUUUGACUUCGGUGUGUCCCCCGUUUGUCUUUCAGCAUCUAGAGAAUCUGAAGGAGGCUCGAGUGGCCACUGAGAAGUGGUUCUGAGGAGCCUGUACGCGGUGUGUUCAGGUGCUGCUACGAUGGUGUGAGUUCGCUGCAAGUCACACUUAAUGAAAUGGGUCACGAUCAGACUGUCUGAUGAAUGCGUAGCAGAAGGUUGAGAAGCGGUGGCAGGUCAUCGGCUCUAACAUCUUUAGAAAUCUGAGCUGAUGUUUUGAAAGUGCAGCCACGCAGGUUCUCCUCUUCGCCCACAAAAGCUUCUUGUUCAACUCGCCUCCAUCGUUUUGGUUUGUGUGCGCGUUUGUUUUAUUCCCUAAACUUUAUCCAAUGACGGCGCUUACAAAAAGGUGGUGCUGGCCAGUGCGUUCCGUGUCAUUUCACCCCCUGUUCUCAUUAUUUUGGUUUGACCCAACUGUUCUGUUACUGUCUGGAGUCGCGGGUCGUAGCAGCAGCCGCAGCCUCUCUUCGGUCUCCGGAGAUCCGGAUCACAAGCCGUCAGUGGAUCGGUCUCACGGCGAGGCCUAGAACCACCACCGUUGAUUAGUAAUCAAAGCUUCCGAACUCACACGGUGUACAGGGGCCUUAUGACAGUGCUGUCCGCUUUCAUUAAAGCUCAGUGACGGUUUAAUUCAGAGCCUUAACACUGACUGAAACGACUGGCUAGUCUGGGAAAACCUGCCCAGCCCCACGUGUGAUUUGAUGCCUACUGAUGACAGUCACGCGGUUGUGACAUUACGCGGAGCAGAGCGGCCUGAGGCCUCGGAUCUCAACGACGAAGCCGGCGAGCAAAGCUGAUGGGAGCUGAAGUUCGUCAGAUAGCACAUUUUAUUCACAGUGUUACGGUGGCGAACGCGCUGCGUCAGGAUGGAACCCGUUCAAAACCAGCCGACUGAUAGUCCGCUGGUUUUGAAUCAGACAAAAUAAUAAGGAAAAAGCAGACAACACAAGACUACCUAAGAUGGCUGAUUUGAUUUUUUCCUCUUUUUUAUACUAAUGGAAAGUGUAAAUGCAUCUUACGAACACAUAUUGUAUAUGAUUUCCGAAUCUAUAGCUGAUGCACUUUUGUUGUAUAAAGUCAAACUUGAACUCUUUGUAAAUAUACACGUGUUUGAUUGAUGACGGCGAUAAGGAUGGUGGCGUCACUGUCCGAUAUGAAGUGUCUGGACCGCAGCUUUGCCUGUGGAUGUGCUCGUUUCACACAAGUUUGAUCUGUUCAGUACGUGUCUU